AUGUCUGGCCGGGAUCCUUUCCCCUCCCCAAAGUUUGAAAACGACCUCACUCUCAGCGGCUUGAGGCCACAGCAGAGUAAAACAUACGAUAAACCAACUCACAUCGCCCAAAUGGAAGAACCCUGGAGUCGCCUCCAUGAUUCGGCCACUUGGGCCAGCUUCCGGCGGAGUGUUAUGCAUAAUGAGCCUCAGGCUCCAACUGACAGCCUCGACUUCCACCUAAAGUCUGUCUAUGAUCACCACAAGGACUUCUUAAGGAGAAAGAACCAGAUUUUAUACCAGAAGGAGACUGUCUCUGAGCACCAAGGGAAACAGGAAAAUUUGAAGCAAGACAUGCUGGAAAAGGAACAACAGAAAGAUAUCAGAGUGUGGGUCGAUCCACAGAGGUGCUCCAUCUACAGCAUUAAGUGA